CAAUCUCCGGGACCUAGCACAUACUGGAAACCUCACGGGCCCUCGAUAAAGCCUCGAGCUGCCCGGCGGCGGGCUCGCAGGACGCUGCGGAACACGGGUGGGCGAUGGAGCCUUUCCUUUCGGAUCAGGUGGCGACAACCAAGGCUCAGCCGGUCCCAGGCAGCGCAGCGCCCUCGCCCUAAGCUCAUCCACCUUGGACCGUGCGGGAAGCAGGAACCCGAGCGCGGACACCGGCGGUCGCCGGAGAGGACGGCGGGCGGGGGACGGGACAGGAGGCAAAGCUCCGCCCGGUGACAGGCUUUCCUCUCCAGCCUCCCCGUUUCCCGCAGGCCCCCCCCCAGGCGUCUCCGGUUCCCCGCACGCCUUGGGGUGGAGCGGAAGUGACGCGACGCGCAGCGCGUGAUUGGCGGAAGCAGAAAUUGCUUUGCGGCCGGCACGGAAAUUGCUUUUCUUUCGGCUUCCGCUCCUGGUCCAUGUGAGAGAGAGACAGGGUACCGAGAUGAGCGCGGCCGGGGUUGCGGAAAGCCUUCUGGCUUUAAGCCAACAGGAAGAAUUAGAGGAUUUGCCCAAAGACUAUCCCUUGAGCCCCAGUGAAGAUGAGGAGGACAUUGAUGGAGAGAGAAAGCAUCAAAAGCUUCUGGAAGCAAUCAGUUCCCUUGAUGGAAACAAUAGGUGGAAAUUGGCUGAGAGAUCUGAGGCUAGUCUGAAGGUUUCAGAGUUCAAUGUCACUUCUGAAGGAUCAGGAGAAAAGCUAGUCCUUUCAGAUCUACUUGGGCCUGUUAAAACUUCAUCCUCAUUGGCUGCUGUGAAAAAGCAACUGAAUAGAGUCAAAUCAAAGAAGACUGUGGAGUUACCUCUUAACAAAGAAGAGGUUGAGCGGAUCCACAGAGAAGUGGCAUUCAAUAAAACCUCACAAGCCCUCUCCAAAUGGGAUCCCAUCAUUGUGAAGAACCGGCAAGCAGAGCAGCUGGUUUUUCCCCUGAAGAAAGAGCAGUCAGCCUUCGCUCCCAUCGAACAUGUGCUCAGCAGCUGGAAGGCAAGGACUCCCCUGGAGCAGGAAGUUUUUAACCUCCUCCAUAAGAACAAGCAGCCAGUGACAGAUCCUUUACUGACUCCUGUGGAAAAGGCCUCUCUCAAAGCCAUGAGCCUGGAAGAGGCUAAGAUGCGCCGAGCAGAGCUUCAGAGGGCCCGGGCCCUGCAGUCCUACUAUGAGGCCAGGGCUCGAAGAGAAAAGAAAAUCAAGAGCAAAAAGUAUCAUAAGGUUCUGAAGAAAGGAAAGGCCAAGAAAGCCCUAAAAGAGUUUGAGAAGCUGCAGAAGGAGAAUCCUACUGCAGCACUGGAAGAAUUGGAAAAAAUCGAAAAGGCCAGAAUGAUGGAGCGAAUGAGCCUUAAGCACCAGAACAGUGGGAAAUGGGCAAAGUCAAAGGCAAUUAUGGCCAAAUACGACCUGGAGGCUCGCCAGGCUAUGCAGGAACAAUUGGCCAGGAACAAAGAACUGACGCAGAAACUCCAGGCAGCCUCUGAGAGUGAGGAAGAGGAGGGAGAUGUGGAGGAAGAGGGUGAACUCCUUGUCCCUGAUGCAGUGAAUGAGAUCCAGAUGGAUGCAGAUGGACCGAACCCCUGGAUGCUCAGGAAUCACUCCAGCGGCACAAAAGAGGCCAGAAUCCAGGACCCUGAGCAACUUCCAGAGCCUGUGGCCCAUGAGACUCCUGAAAGUGAGGAAGAGGAAAGACCAGGGGCAGAGGAAGAAAUUUUGCUGAACGAAUUUGAGGAAAGGCGAUCACGUAGGAAAAAGGCUGAGCUCAACCAGGACACCGAGCCGGGGAGCAGACAAGAGCCAAAAGAUUCUAGCAGCCAGGAGGUGCUGUCCGAAUUGAGGGCACUGUCUCAGAAACUCAACAAGGAAAACCAGUCUGGGAAGCAGAAAGUGAGUUCAGCGAGGACAGUUCGGGUAGUCCAGAGAAAGGACCCUACUGAGGAAGAAGAGGAGCCCCUGUUGCUGCACAGGCCGGAGAGAGCACAGACUGUGGAAAAUCUAGAAGAGCUGGGCAAAGAGGGGUGUUUUCAAAAUAAGGAGGUUCCCAGGUCUGUGUUAGAAGGGCAGCAGCUGGAGAGGAACCCAAAUAAUCAUCCUGGUGCUCCCAAGGAAAAGAAAAAGAAGGAGCAAAUGAUUGAUCUACAGAACCUCCUAACCACGAAAUCUCCUUCUGUGAAGUCUUUGGCAGUGCCCAUGACAAUAGAGGAGCUGGAAGAUGAAGAGGAGAGAGAUCAAAAGCGGAUGAUAAAGGAAGCUUUUGCUGGAGAUGAUGUCAUCAGAGACUUCUUAAAAGAGAAGAGGGAAGCUGUGGAGGCGAGUAAGCCAAAGGACGUGGACCUGACUCUGCCUGGCUGGGGCGAGUGGGGUGGUGUGGGCCUGAAGCCCAGUGCCAAGAAAAGACGCCGGUUUCUCAUUAAAACCCCUGAGGGUCCUCCAAGAAAAGACAAGAAUUUGCCAAAUGUGAUUAUCAAUGAGAAGCGAAAUGUUCAUGCAGCAGCUCAUCAGGUGCGGGUGCUUCCAUAUCCAUUUACCCACCAUCAGCAAUUUGAAAGGACCAUCCAGACCCCUAUAGGAUCUACAUGGAACACCCAGAGGGCCUUCCAAAAGCUUACUAUGCCCAAAGUUGUCACCAAGCCAGGGCACAUCAUUAAGCCUAUAAAAGCAGAGGAUGUGGGCUACCGGUCUUCCUCAAGGUCGGACCUCUCUGUUGUACAGAGAAAUCCAAAACAACUCACUGUACGUCACAAAAAACAGCUGAAGAAAAACUCUAUAGAUUGAGUUCCUGGAGGAAUGAUGUCUUGGUGCCCAGAACUAGGAGCCCCAACUGCUCCUCCAUUAUCCCAGUUUUACUCCAAGCUGCAGGAUCAAUUCCAAGACUGGCUUAGCACACUGUGAGUGUAGUUGAGCUGUAUUUUAGAAAUAAAUGCAUUUUUAUCUAUUUAA